AUGUUUUCCAACACUAUGAGUGGGACCGCCGAGAGACCUUUCUGGUUUGAUUACAUUUUUGGAAGGGUAGUGGACUAUGAUUCUACUAUUUGGAGGAGACUCAUAAACGACAAAGAGCCCGUACUUUUCAUUGGCGAAUCACAGACAAGAUCGCUUCCUAUAGCUCUUGGGAUCAUGAGAGGAAGCUUCGAAGGAGUAUACGCCUCGACAUAUGCCAAGCCCGUGGACCAGCAUGUUCCCUCACGGGAAGAUGUGAUUGGGAUACAGAAGGAGCGUAUCAAGAAGAAUGACAGCGAGAUCGAAAGAAGGGGCAUGUCCCGUGUCAUCACCAAAACGGUGGUCGUGGAAAGUCUAGCCAGUUUCGAGAGACAUCUUGACCAAUGCUGUCUCGACCCGUUCGACCAACUAUUCAGUCUGCAAGCCGACGGCACAAAAUUAGACAAUUUCUUCCUCUCUCAUCCUUCGAUAUCCACGCGGAACAUUGUUUGGCAAUGCCCCUGGGUUCAUCCUCGACAGCGCCCGUUGAUCUCUGCCAUUCUCCUCGAUUUCAUCAAGUCCGCAUCAUCCCGUCAGCAGGCAGGCGAUGCACUGUUUAUCGGUGUCACCACGCAUCGACCAUACUACGUCCAGUAUCAACUUGAUGGUGUCUUUAGCCAGGCAGAACAAUGUGGAUAUACAAGGCUCACGAUGGACACAAAAUUCAUUCGAGCAGCCAUUGAGCAUGGCUACGAACAUCGCACCGUAUUUGAAGCCAAAGGUCGUGGGAGUCACAUUGAGCUCAUGGAUAAAAUGGAAAUGUAUGGCUUCGUCAAAGAAAGCCCUGGCAACUUAUAUGGGGAGUCCUUUUGGCCAUACUGA